UGCUUCACUUCAGAGUUGUUCUGGAUUACUAUUGCAAGACGAUCAGAGAGCCAAUUACCUACGAUUGGCUUCCAACCCUAACCUGGAUUAUUUGGGAAGGAAAGCUCUUCAUAAAAAUAUCAUAGCGACAUGUAAAAAGACAAAUCCGUGUCCCAAAUGUGGUCGUCAUAAUGAAGUCAAAUCUGGGACAACUGAGGAUGACCUUACAAUGAAACUAUCGGAAAUUAUUCUAAUUAAUGAUGUGCUACAGAAAUAUAAGAAAGAUGGUGCUCCCAUAAAAGCACUCAAUGAAGCAUGGGAUCAGUUACAGAUACAUGUUGCCUUGUAUCUCAACAGCGAACUAUCUGGUCUUCCUCUUGAACAGCGGCCCAAAAAGCCACUACGUGGACUUGCCCAACGCUUAAAGGGCAAACAUGGCCGUUUUCGUGAAAACUUAUCUGGGAAGCGAGUGGACUUCUCUGCAAGAACGGUGGUCAUCUCGCCCGAUCCUAACCUGCAAAUCGACGAAGUAGGGGUCCCUCUUCAUAUUGCGCUUACCUUGACGUUCCCUGAAAUUGUAAAUGAAUACAAUAUCGAGCGUAUGAAGAUGUUGGUUAGGAAUGGAACAGAUAUCCAUCCUGGCGCAAAUUAUGUUGUAGACCGUUCAACGGGGAUCAAAAGACUGUUAAAAUUCAACGAAUGCGUGUGUACCCCAUAUAAUGCAGAUUUUGAUGGGGAUGAAAUGAAUUUGCAUGUGCCACAGACUUAUGAAGCACGAGCAGAGGCUAAUAUCCUCAUGGGUGUAAAAAACAACCUGGUUACUCCACGCUCUGGGGAACCCCUGGUUGCUGCUAUUCAGGAUUUUAUCACUGGUGCAUAUUUAUUAACGCACAAGGACACAUAUCUUACGUACAGCGAGGCUUGCCGAUUCGCUGCAUCUAUUAUUGACUGCCGUUCAAGAAAGCGAAAACGAAUCCGCUUGCCAUUUCCUGCUAUCUUGAAACCUGUAAGAUUAUGGACUGGAAAACAGCUUAUGGAACUCGUCAUAUCGGAAUGCAACACUAGUUCUAAAAUGCUAAAUUUGUCCACACCAAACAAAAACUACUCGGGAGAUGCGGAAUUUUGCAUAGAGGUUACGCAAUUUCACACUUAUCUAUCUGAACGUGGUUUCUCCGUGGGAAUUGGAGACGUAACACCUACGCCUCAGUUACUGAAGGAAAAAGCAAAGUUACUCAAUGAAGGUUAG